AUGCCUUUUGAUCCUGUGACUUUUGGCGCUCUUUCAGCUGUUGGCCUUCAUUCAGAAGAGAAGUUCAGGAUAUUCCCAUCCCCUUUGUCAGUCAUUACAACCCGCUAUUCUGCAGAAGUUCCAUAUACCCCUCAUCAACCCCCUGAGAACGACAUAGGCUCAACAAUCAGUGGCUUUGAGCUCGACAUUAUCGAUGAAGUUGGUGAAGAUCUCGCAUCAACACUAUCCACUACACAACACACUCCUGCAUCGAGUCAAGCAUCCCCUCUCAGCGAUCUUGAAGACGAAGCUGCAUUGACCUCUGAAGUCAGCCAUCUCCUUGAAGCACAGGCAACCAGAAUCGAGCAACUUCUGGAAGAAAACGAGCUGCAAGCCGAAGAGCUGAGAAGACUCGUGAAGAAAGAGAAGAAGAAGCAGGGAAAGAGUAAGGAGAAAAUGGCAAAGUACCAGACAGAUGUCAUGAGGGAGUUGUUAAGGGCUGUAACGAUGGUGAUGACACCAUUGCCUGAAGGCUCACCUGCAAGAUUUGUGCUCAUGGCUGUCGAGGCUUUCUUCUUGAGGGAGAGAGUGAUUGUCUCUAGAAGGCAGUGA